AUGCUCUUUGGAGAGAUUCCUCAUCAGCUAAAGCAACUUGGAUUUCUCAAACGCUUCAACGUAUCUCAUAACAAUCUUAAAGGGCCAAUACCUCAAGGGAACCAAUUUAAUACAUUUGACAGCAGUUCUUUUAAGGGAAACCUAGGAUUGUGUGGUGAUCCAUUGUUUAAGAAAUGUGGCGGUUUAGAGUCAUCAUCACUGCCUCCUUCAGUUUUUGAAGAAAAUGAUGAAUCAAAGUCUUUAUUUGAAUUUGAUUGGAAGUUUGUAUUGAUGGGAUUCAUGAGUGGGUUAGUUGUUGGAGUAGUUCUUGGUGACAUUGUGAUCAUAAGGAGGCAUGGAUGGCUUGUUAAGAUGGGAUGCAAAAGGAGAAGGUGA